AUGGUGCUUGCUGUGUCCACCACUGCACCAACACGUGGCUCCUCUUCUUUAACCUGUCGUGGCUGCAACAAGGUGGGUCAUGUUGUCGCUCAAUGCAAAGAAUGGUGCGCUUAUUGUCGACGAACUGGUCAUGGUAUUCAAGACUGCCGUACACGUGCAUAUGCAUCUUCUUCCGUCCGUGGACGUGGUGGUCGUGGUCGUGGCCGUGGUCGUGCUCUUUCUGCUACUGCUGCCACUAUUUCUUCCGAGCCGACUGUUACUGAUUCUACAUCUACUGUUUCUGCUGAAGGUCUUUCAUCUCCGUUGACUCCUGCGAUGCUCCAACAAAUCGUUCAGGCCCUUUCUGCGGCCGGUAUGUCAGGAUCUGGCGACGGGGAAGGUACUUGGGAGGGGUAGGCGGCAUGGUCGUCUGUACGUGCUGGAUUUUGAUCCAUCUGUCACUCCGGCUCGUUGUUUCUUUUCUCCUUCUUCAUCAGAUAUUUCUUUGGCAAAUAAAUUGUG